AUGGACUUCCGCCUCCUGGCCCGUGGCCUCCGCGCCAGGCCAACACCAUGGCUCCAACAGCAGACCCAACAGCACCCUCUCGCCUCCCUCGCCAACUGCAUGCGCUACAACUCCUCCACCUCCUCGCCCAGCGCACCCCUGAAGCCCACAACCCCCACCGACCAGCCAAGCACAGUCCCCGAAGCCGAACAGCGAGUACCGGAGGCCGCAGCGGAGGCCGCCCAGCCAGCACCAGAAGCCGCCCAGCCAGCCCGGACGCCAUUCUCCGACUUCGACGACAUCCUCAGCAAACUCGACCUCAACAAGCCCCGCAACCUCCCCUCCACCCAGCGCCGAGUGUUCUCGGACGCGCUGUCCCGGGCAGUGGGCGGGCAGGACGGAGUGCGCUCGCGCUACUCGCGCGCACCUCUACCUGUACGCAAGGUCGAGCUGAAGCUCGGACCGACGCUUGGUCGACAGGCUCAUGUUGAGCCGGAGCGUGGGACUGAUCUUGCUGCUGCUUUGCGGAAACUGCACACUACUAUUGUGCAGAAUAAGAUCAAGCACGAGGCUAUUGCUCAGCGGUUCCAUACUCGGAAGGGUAUGGUGCGCAAGCAGAAGAAGAUGCAGCGUUGGAAGAGGUUGUUUAAGUUUUCGUUCCAGGAGACUGUGCAGAAGAUUCAGAGGAUGCAGGCUCAGGGAUGGUAA